CUCAUCAGCAUCUCCUCCUCCACCACCUACUACGUGAGUCUAAUCAAGACGAAGCCUCCGCGGCGCGCUCUGGCUGCCCAUCUUGGACGCUUCUGUUGGCCGGUUGACUUUGCUGGGGGCAGGCGAGCUCUAGCUGGAGCCGGCGGCCGGCCAUGCAUAACCACGGGGGCGGCGGCGGGGCGGGGGACAUCGUGGAGGCGGGCGGCGAGAGGGUCGUGCCGCACAGCGGGCCGCUGGUGGGGAAGCGCUCCGCCACGCGGAAGAGCGCGCGGUUCGCGGACUCCGUGUCCGCGCCGCUGCGCCGCGGGAACCACCACCAGGCCGACGACGACGACAACGACUACGUGGAGGUCACCCUCGACGUGCGGGACGACUCCGUGGCGGUGCACAGCGUCAAGCCGGCGGCCGGCGGCGAGGAGGACCCGGACGUCACGCUGCUGGCGCGGGCGCUGGAGACGCGCUCCUCCUCGUACGGCGGCAGGGGCCCCCAUGGCGGCGGCGUGCUCCGGAACGCGUCGACAAGGAUCAAGCAGGUAUCGCAGGAGCUCCGAAAAAUCGCGUCCGUCAAGCGCCGCCCCAGCCGCAUCGACCGGUCCAAGUCCGCCGCCGCGCACGCGCUCAAGGGGCUCAAGUUCAUCAGCCGGCCCGAUGGCUGGCCCGCCGUCGAGAAGCGCUUCGACGAGCUCGCCGAGAACGGCGGCCUCCUCCACCGCUCCAAGUUCGGCAAGUGCAUCGGGAUGAAGGAGCUCGCCUUCGCCGGCGAGCUCUUCGACGCGCUCGCCAGGCGCCGGGACAUCUCCGGGGACAGCAUCAGCAAGGCGGAGCUGCUCGAGUUCUGGGACCAGAUCUCCGACACCAGCUUCGACAGCCGCCUGCAGACCUUCUUCGACAUGGUGGACAAGGACGCCGACGGCAGGAUCACCGAGGCGGAGGUCGGGCAGAUUAUCGGGCUCAGCGCCGCCGCCAACGACCUCAAGAAGAUCACGGAGCGGACAGAGGAGUACGCCCGGCUCAUCAUGGAGGAGCUCGACCCCGACAACCUCGGCUACAUCGAGCUGUCCAACCUGGAGACGCUGCUGCUGCAGGCGCCGCCGACCCAGCCGACGCGGGGCGGGAGCGGGACGACCAGCAGCCGUAACCUCAGCCAGAUGCUGAGCCAGCACCUCAAGCCGACGACGGAGCCCAACCCGCUCCGCCGGUGGUACCGCCGCGCCAGCUACUUCCUGGAGGACAACUGGCGCCGUUGCUGGGUGAUCAUCCUGUGGUUCUCCAUCUGCGCCGGCCUCUUCGCCUGGAAGUUCGUGCAGUACCGGCGGCGCGCCGUGUUCGAGGUGAUGGGCUACUGCGUGUGCGUCGCCAAGGGCGGCGCCGAGACGCUCAAGUUCAACAUGGCGCUCGUCCUCCUCCCCGUGUGCCGCAACACCAUCACGUGGCUCCGCAACCGCACCGCCGCGGGGCGGGUCGUGCCGUUCGACGACAACCUCAACUUCCACAAGGUGAUCGCCGCGGGAAUCACCGUCGGCGCCGGGAUGCACAUCAUCUCCCAUUUGGCGUGCGACUUCCCGCGGCUGCUGCACGCCACCGAGGAGGAGUACGAGCCGAUGAAGCCCUUCUUCGGCGACGUCAAGCCGCCCAACUACUGGUGGUUCGUCAAGGGCACGGAGGGGUGGACGGGGCUGGUCAUGCUGGCGCUCAUGGCCGUCGCCUUCACGCUCGCCACGCCCUGGUUCCGCCGCGGCAGGGUCCGCCUCCCGGGGCCGCUCAGCCGGCUCACCGGGUUCAACGCCUUCUGGUACACCCACCACCUCUUCAUCAUCGUCUACGCGCUGCUCAUCGUCCACGGCCACUUCCUCUACCUCACCAAGAAGUGGCAGAAGAAGUCGACGUGGAUGUACCUGGCGGCGCCGAUGGUCCUGUACGCGUGCGAGCGGCUGGCGCGGGCGCUCCGGUCCAGCGUGCGGCCGGUGAAGAUACUCAAGGUGGCCGUGUACCCCGGCAACGUGCUGUCGCUGCGCUUCUCCAAGCCGCAGGGGUUCAGGUGCAAGAGCGGGCAGUACAUCUUCGUCAACUGCGCCGCCGUCUCGCCGUUCCAGUGGCACCCCUUCUCCAUCACGUCGGCGCCGCACGACGACUACAUCAGCGUCCACAUCAGGACGCUCGGCGACUGGACCCGGGAGCUCAAGAGCGUCUUCGAGAAGGUUUGCCGGCCGCCGACGGACGGGAAGAGCGGGCUGCUCCGGGCAGAGUACGCCGGUGACGGCGGCGCCAUGCCCAGCCCGAGCAGCUUCCCCACGGUGCUGAUCGACGGGCCGUACGGCGCGCCGGCGCAGGACUACAAGCAGUACGACGUGGUGCUGCUGGUGGGGCUGGGCAUCGGGGCCACGCCCAUGAUCUCCAUCAUCAAGGACAUCAUCAACAACAUGAAGCGGCUCGACGGCGACAUCGAGUCCGGCAGCCCCAGCGACAGGAGCGUGUCGGCGGCGUCGUUCCGGACGCGGCGCGCCUACUUCUACUGGGUGACGCGGGAGGAAGGCUCCUUCGACUGGUUCCGCGGCGUCAUGGACGAGGUGGCCGAGAGCGACAAGAAGGGCAUCAUCGAGCUCCAUAACUACUGCACCAGCGUCUACGAGGAGGGGGACGCCCGGUCGGCGCUCAUCGCCAUGCUCCAGUCCCUCAACCACGCCAAGCACGGCGUCGACGUCGUCUCCGGCACCCGCGUCAAGACCCACUUCGCCCGGCCCAACUGGCGCAAAGUCUACAAGGACAUCGCCCUCAAGCACGCCGGGCAGCGCGUCGGAGUGUUCUACUGCGGCGCGCCGGUGCUGAUCAAGGAGCUGCGCCAGCUUGCCCAAGAUUUCUCGAGGAAGACGAGCACCAAAUUCGAGUUCCACAAGGAGAAUUUCUAACUUUGCAGCCAGCCCAGUCACAAGAAGUUCCUCCUUUUUUUUUAGAAAAGAAACAAGUUUCUCUUUUCGCGAGGAAAAAGUCUGUUAAUUCAGUACAUACCCAGUUCUAUAGAUGGAAGUAGGUGUUGGUUGAUUUUCACAAGCUGGGUCAAGAGUUACAUCGAUUUUUUUGCCUAUAGAAGAAUAAUAUCCAAUGCCCCCUUGUACAGAUAUUAUUCCCUUCUAAAAAAAUACAAUUAGCACUUCA